UCACCUUAAGGUGUUUGGUUGCUUGUGUUUUGCUAGUGUAUUACCUAGAGGUAACAAAUUUGAGGCUAGAGCAAGGAAGGCUGUGUUGCUAGGAUUUUCUGAGAUGUUACUUUUCAAGAAGAAGUGUUUCCCUUUAAAGUUUUGCAAUCAACUGAGGAUGCUUCUCUAUUACUGGCUCCAUUUUUGGACCUUUCACAUUUGCAAGACCAUGCUUUGCCUAUUCAGCAGCCAAUGCUGCAACCCUCAGACACACAUUCUAUAGGACCUGUUGCACCUUCACUUCAUGAUGGUGCCUUAGAGCCUGAUUCUCUUGCUGAAGAAGAACCUCAUGGGAAUGAUUCACAUGAGGAACAUGUAGAAACUAAUGUUCCAUUUGCUGAGGGACCUUCAGUACUUCCAUAUGAUGAGGCAAUUAAAGUGCCACCAAUACAUGCAAAUCCUGUUGAGAUUCAACAGACCACUGGGGGUGUUAAAAAAACACAUAGAACUAGCAAACCUCCUAUAUGGAUCAAGGAUUAUGUUGUGCCUAAAAAACCUAGUCCUCAUUCCAUUACUAAUCAUGUCUGUUAUGAUAAUAUUACUACAGGUUAUAAAGCUUAUUUGCAAGCUUUCUCAGUUACUAUGGAACCCACCUCAUUUCAUGAAGCCUCUCAAGACAAACUUUAGAUUGAUGCUAUGUAGCAGGAGAUACAAGUUUUAGAAGACAACAACACAUGGACUAUAGUAGAUUUGCCUCUAGGAGAGAAGGUAAUUGGCUCAAGAUGGGUAUACAAAAUUAAGUACAAAGCUAACGGUGGGGUGGAUAGAUAUAAAGCUAGACUGGUUGCAAAAGAUUACACUCAAAGAGAAGGUCUUAAUUACCAUGAGACCUUCUCCCCAGUUGCAAAGAUGGUUACUAUCAGAACAGUCCUCAGCCUAGCAGCCUCUAAUGGAUGGGAUCUUUAUCAAAUGGAUGUAAAUAAUUUUUGCAAGGAGAUUUGCAUGAAGACAUUUACAUGGAUCUCCCUCUUGGUUUUCAACAAGCUGGAACAUCAAACUCUAAGGUUUGCAAACUUAGAAAGUGUUUGUAUGGGUUAAAGCAAGCAUCCAGACAAUGGAAUAUCAAGCUUACUGAGGCUCUUCUGGAAGCUGGUUAUUCUCAAAGUGCCCAUGAUCACUCAUUGUUUAUCAAGAAAGAAGGGGCUGAUUCGGCAGCCAUCUUAGUUUAUGUAGAUGAUCUGUUGAUCACUGGAAAUUCUUCUCAGCUGAUUCAAGAAGCUAAAACUACACUGCAUGCUAACUUCAAGAUGAAAGAUUUGGGAAGUCUAAAAUAUUUCUUUGGAAUUGAAGUUCUAAAGUCCAAAGAUGGAAUCUUGCUAAAUCAGAGGAAGUACAUCCAGCAACUUAUUUCAGAGGCUGGUCUUAGUGGAGCUAAAGUUGUACGCACUCCAUUACAAUUUAACCACAAGUUGACUAGUGUGGAGUUUGAUCAACAUCUUGGCACUACCAAUGAUCCGGAGCUAGAAGAUAUUACUGCCUAUCAGAGAUUGAUUGGUAAGUUGUUAUAUCUGACCAUUACCAGACAUCAUAUAUGUUUCAGUAUACAAGUUUUAAGUCAAUUCAUGCAACAUCCUAAGGUAUCACACUGGGAGGCAGCACUUAGGAUAGUCAGAUAUAUCAAAAACUCACCAGGUCUUGGUGUCUUACUCAAGAGAGGAACAGGUCCUACAACACUUACAAGUUAUUGUGAUUUCGACUGGGCUUCAUGUCCCAACACAAGGAGGUCGGUCACUGGUUAUACGGUAAAACUUGGAGACUCCUUGAUAUCUUGGAAAUCAAAGAAGCAACAAACCAUUAGUAGAAGUUCUGCCGAAGCAAAAUAUAGAAGUUUGGCAGCCCUUUUUGCAGAAUUGGUAUGGCUAGCUGGGUUACUUAAGGAGCUGCAUGUUCCAAUCACUUAUCCUAUCUCUGUCUUUACUGAUAGCAAGUCAGUCAUUCAAAUUGCUGAGAAUCCUAUAUUUCAUGAGCGAACUAAGCAUAUUGAGAUUGAUUGUCACUUCAUCAGAGAGAAAGUGAAAUCCAAUUUCAUCAGCCCUCAAUAUCUUUGCACUGCUUUGCAACUAGCAGACAUUCUUACUAAAGGUCUUGGUGCCCACUAACAUUAUCUCCUUUUGACCAAACUUGGUGUGUUAGACAUCUUCCACCCUGCAGUUUGAGAGGGUGUAUUGAGUUGCUACUGUUAAGCUGUACAAUUAGCUUGCAACUAGCAGGUUGUUAGAGUUUGUUAGAGUUUGUUAGAGAGGUCAUGUGCCAAUCAUGUGUAGCAGUUGAGAUGGGUUAAGUCGGUGUUACACUUCUAUAUAUAGAAGAGAUAAGAGCUACACUAGUUUAAUUUUCAAAUUAAGAGAGAAGAUACAGUAUAGGAGUAUAGGAAUAUGUAAACUCAUGAGUUUCUUAAUGGAGUUUUAGCUUCUGCUUCUUUUCAAUUCAGUGAUUGUGUAGAAGUUAUCAUCACUUGUUUAAAGUUGAUAAUUUUUUUAGAAUACUAGAUAGUGGAGCAUCUGAUCGUAUGACCUUUGAUAGAAGUUUCGUCACUAAUUUCUAUCCUUUAGCUAAACCUAUUGUUGUCACUCUCCGUAAGUACAAGUUACUCACUCAAGAUCAAUUUUUUUAAUAUAUUUAUUCUUCAUAAUGUUCUCGAUAUCCCUUCCUUCCAGUUAAAUCUUCUUUAUAUCUGCAAACUCUAUAAAUAUCUUAAAAUAUGUGUUAUUCACACCUGAUGCUUGUUUCUUAUUGCAGGGCCUUUCACUGAAGAGCCCUCGGGUGAUUGGUAAAGAACAAGAAGGCCUAUACAUCUACGAAACAAGUUAGUCAGAUGUUUUCAGAAAGAUUCUUAUCUAAUUUUAGUUCUGAGUUUACAUAUUAUACAAAUACAACAGCUAAUGUAUCUACUUUUUGUUCUAGUUAUUUUGAUGUCAAUGUAAAAGAAAAACUAUGACACUAUAAAAAAGAAAAACUAUGACACUAUAUCUUAGGCCAUAUGUCAUUAAGUAAUGUGAAGAAGAUUAUUCUUGUUUCUAUGUCUAGUUCUAAGUUCUCCUCUCCUUGUAUGAUUUGUCUCAUGUCAAGGCAAUCCAAGUUAUCUUUUCCUACAAGUGCAAUCUCUACUAAAGCAGUUUUUGAUUUAAUCCUUGUGGAUACUUGGGGACCUUAUAAGGUUGCUACUCAUGAUGGUUUUAAAUAUUUUCUUACAUUUGUUGAUAAUUUUAGUAGAGUCACUUGGCCACACCUAUUAAGAACAAAAUCAAAUGCCUUUAUUAUUUUAUAAUCUUUUAUUUUAAUGGUAGGAAUGCAAGUCAAAUCUAAAAUUAAAGUCAUCGGGACAGAUAAUGCUUUUGAAUUAGACAGUGAAAAUUUUCAAAAAAAAUUUCUUCCUAGAUGAAUUAUCCAUCAAAUUACUUGUAUUUUCAUGCCACAACAAAAUAGAGUAGUCGAAAAAAACACAAGCAUUUAGUAGAAAUAUUUAGAGCUUUAUUAUAUCAACCACACCUUUCUAUCACUUAUUGGAGGGAAUGUUUGUUAACAACUAUCCAUCUUAUCAACAGAUUUUCAUUCACUGCACUCAAAUAGAAAAUCUCUUAGUGAAAUUUUAUUUCAUACUAAACCGGCAUAUUCUCACCUAAAAAAUUUUGAAUGUUUAUGUUUUGUUUUCACUUUCCCUACUCACUGGAUCAAGUUUGAUCCUAAGGUUUUAUCAUGUGUAUUUCUGAGAUAUUCCUUUGAUAAAAAAGGAUACAAAGUUUUAAAUUUGCAAACUAAGAAAAUUUCAAUUUCAAGAAAUACAUUUCAUGAAGAAUACUUCACUUAUUCCUUACAGUCUAUUCCUCUACUGUUUCCACCUCCUACUACAACAAAUAAUGAUUUCAUUUUAAAUUCUUUAUCUAUACAGACUGAACAUACUCGUUUUACUUCUAUUACUGAUGCUUCAGAGAUUUUAUCUACUCCUACUCCAUCUUCUUUUCCUACUGCUCCUAACUCUAAUGAGUUAACUCAUUCCAAUUCUGAGACAGAACCUGUCCUUCAAACUGUUCUUAGGUAGUUUUCUACACAUCAUAAGAGACCUAGCUAUCUAGAUGACUACAUCAAUAAUGUCCUUCACUUAAUUGAUGUUUCUUCUUCUUGUUUUCUCAGUCCAACACACCAAAUUUCUUAUCUUUUAAUGUCCUUUUAACAAUCAGGAUUUGCUUUACUCUAUUUCUAGUAUGCAAGAACCUGUUAGGUAUAAUCAAACAACACUUCAUCCUAGUUUGCAGGAAGACAUAGAUAAAGAACUGAAAGCUUUAAAGUUGAGAAACACAUGGGAUGAUGUCAUUUGCCCCAUAGAAAAAAAUAUUUAUUAUCAAAAUGGGUGUAUAAAGUGAAGCAACAUUAUAAUGAUAGUAUUGGGAGAUUUUAAAAGUAAGAUUACUCAUUAGAGAUGAUAUUCAAAUAAAGGAAGCUGAUUAUAAUGAAAAAUUUUCUCCAGUGAUUAAAAUGACUACUAUCGAAUGUAUUUUAGUUGUUGCUCUUACAAAACAUGGGAUAUUUUUCAAUUGGAUGAUCAUCUCUCAGAGAAAAUUUACUUUAGAUAUUCUAUAAGAAUUCAAUUCCCUACGUUUAUUACUGAUAUCAACUCCAUUGGAUCCCACCGUAAAACUGUUAGCAGGUAAAGGAGAUCCAAUGAAGGACCUUACUUUAUAUCAUCAUUUAUUGGGGAGAUAGAAUUACCUGACUCAUACGAGACCGAAUAUCUCAUUCACAAUUCAACAUCUAAGCCAAUAUAUGCAGGACCCUCGCUAACCUCAUAUGGUUAUUACCUUAUGAGUUUUUCGCUAUUUUCUCAAGGAUCCAGUGCUUGGACUCUUUAUGCAGCUUAUCAUUCCUUCGAAUUACUUGCGUUUCAUGAUUCAGACUUGAGUAC